UUCCGGUUAGUACCAGGAGCCGGGUCGAGAUGGAAGAAGAUGUACACCGAAGCUGGCAGUCGCCGGGUACCGCGGAUAGAUUGGGAGCUGCGGCCUAGCGGUCUGGGCGUGGAGUUCGUCUCAGGCGCGGCGGGACCUCCCUGGUCUGAGAAGGACUUCGGACACAAUGGAAGACAAACGCAACAUCCAGAUCAUUGAGUGGGAACACCUGGACAAGAAGAAGUUCUACGUGUUUGGUGUGGCAAUGACAAUGAUGAUCCGGGUCAGCGUCUACCCAUUCACCCUCAUCCGCACUCGGUUGCAGGUUCAGAAAGGCAGGAGCCUCUACCAUGGGACCUUUGAUGCUUUCAUUAAGAUCCUGCGAGCAGAUGGUGUGACUGGCCUCUACCGGGGGUUCCUGGUCAACACCUUCACCCUCAUCUCGGGCCAGUGCUAUGUCACCACUUACGAGCUCACCCGGAAGUUUGUAUCUGAUUACAGCCAGAGCAACACAGUCAAAUCACUUGUGGCUGGUGGCUCGGCCUCUCUCGUGGCCCAGAGCAUCACCGUGCCCAUUGAUGUGGUCUCUCAGCACCUGAUGAUGCAGCGUAAGGGUGAGAAAGUGGGCCGCUUCCAAGUGCGGGGGAACCCAGAGGGACAAGGAGUAAUUGCCUUUGGCCAAACCAAGGACAUCAUCAGGCAGAUCCUGCGGGUCGAUGGGCUUCGAGGCUUCUACCGAGGCUAUGUGGCUUCACUGCUUACCUACAUCCCCAACAGUGCUGUCUGGUGGCCCUUCUAUCACUUCUACGCAGAGCAGCUCUCGUCUCUCUGUCCUAAGGAAUGCCCUCACAUUGUGUUUCAAGCCAUCUCAGGGCCCCUGGCUGCAGCUACGGCUUCCAUCCUCACCAAUCCCAUGGAUGUCAUCCGAACCCGAGUGCAGGUUGAGGGCAAGAACUCCAUUAUCCUGACCUUCAGACAGCUGAUGGCAGAAGAGGGGCCUUGGGGCUUCAUGAAGGGCCUCUCAGCCAGAAUCAUCUCAGCCACGCCCUCCACCAUUGUCAUUGUGGUCGGCUACGAGAGCCUCAAGAAACUGAGCCUCAGACCUGAGCUGGUGGACUCGAGACACUGGUAACAGUGUGGGAGAGAAGCCUCUGUUUCCCACACGACUCUGGGGAGGGGACAGAGCAGGGAGAUAGCACCCGCUCUACGUGCCCCCACCACAUCCCUAGCCCUGCCCUGGGCCAGGCGCCCUGUAGGGACAGGAACUGAGACUUUGAACUGCUCUUGCUGAAGAGGCUCCACACCUGCAGCUCCUGCCCAUUAUUUAGUUUUCCUGCCCAACCGGGCUCCCUCACUCAGUCCCUGUACUCCAUCCUGCCCUAAGGAACCCACCCUCCCCACCAGUCCCACUCUAUGCCUCCCGCUAACCCUUCUGGUUUCCCUUUCCACCUGUGUCCCUGAGAUCCUGAGAAGAGCUGUACAUAGAGCUUGCUUACUGCCACUGGUUCUUCCACUUGGGCCGUCAGCCCAGAUUCCAAGCAGUUUGCCAUCAGCCUUUUCCUGCUUCGUCUCUUAGGCUUAUUUUUAUUUUGGGACUGAUUUGCCCACCAGACUACUCUGCUUUUUCCUGCCACUGGGGGCAAGGUGCCAAGCACUUUUGCACAGGGAGUAGGCACAGCAAAAGCUUCAGAGUGCUCAUCCUCUCUUCGGAGUUAUUAGAUUGGGAGAAAUGUUAGUAUUUUAUUUUGUGUGUUUAUAUUGUUUUAACAUCUGUGAACCAGGUUACUGUCUUUGUCCUGCUAAAGCACCUAUCCAAUCCUGCAGUCAGAGCCCACCCUUUCCUCAGGAAAAUACAAUGUAGCUUUUCCUUCAAUAUCAGUUCCCUAUCCCUUCCAUGUCCCUGCAGUCCCAGGACUUACAAGCUGCUGGCUUCCCCUGGCCCAGACGACUACAGUGGUAGGCACAAUUCCAAGUAGAUCAGGCGGCCUGGGGCACACGGGACUUGGAGCACUACCCUGAAAAGUCAGAUUGAGAGAGUAGCUGGCUUGGAUAGGCCAAGAGGGGAUGUGUGCCCCAGCCCAUCUCCCAGACCAGCUGAGCCAGGCCUAGGAGAGGGCAGUUGUCAUACAGAUAUAUCCCAAUCACUUGGACUCACGGAAACGAAUGUUGUCUCUGAUACGUGGAACUGUCUGUGUUUUCUUCUCCCCAAUGUGAAGUCAUCCCGGUCAUGGCACCUUCUCGUGUAGCGGUCGCCAACCAGUGGUCCUCGGAUCACUGCUGGUCCCUGAGGUCUGUGAGGUCCGAAAGGUUGGCGACCGCUGCUCGAGGGGGAUGCUUGGAAGAGAGCGGGUCAGGAAGUCACCCAACACCAGGACCACUACACACCAGCCUGAUACUGCCAAGGUUACCUGUUGAUGCUCUCGGGAGCUAAGUGAGGAGCGUUCCUUCCCUGCCUCAUCCUACCUUGUCUACCAAGCCUGUGUUGCAGGUGAGAGAGGUGCAGCAAAAAGGAUGAGAAGAAGGCAUAUCAAACCCUGCACUUGUCCUUGAGACAUGUGGCCAGGAUGAUCCUUCAAACCUUCUUAUUGGUCCCACCCCCUGGGAAGGGCCAUGGUGCCAGCUUGAAAGGUGCUAGCUACCUUUUGAAGCCUUGCUGUUUCUUACAGCUGCCCCACAUUCUAUCGCCCUGGCCAGAUCAGAAUCUGAAAGACACAUUUUUCUACCUUCACCACUGACACUGCCCAUCUUGGUCUUUUAUCUUUGAGGGUUAUUUUCCCUUAUUUUGGUUUGCUUUUUCUUGCACUUUGUCAAGAUUCCUUCCCACCCACAAACGGUCAUCCAAAGGGUUAGGCCCACAGAUCAUUCUGAAUCUUCCUGCCCCUCAGUCACCCCUUUACCUUAAGAACCACUAACAUAACAGAAGCCUGCCUUCUUUCUCUGUCUUUUGUUCCAUUGAUUUUUAAAAAUAUAUAUAUUUUAUUGAUUUUUUACAGAGAGGAAGAGAGAGGGAUAGCAAGUUAGAAACAUUGAUCAGCUGCCUCCCGUAACCCCCAUCCCCCCACUGGGGAUGUGACCGCAACCAAGGUACAUGCCCUUGACUGGAAUCGAACCUGGGACCUUUCAGUCCGCAGGCCGACGCUCUAUCCACUGAGCCAAACCGGUCAGGGCCAUUGAUUUUUUUUUUUUAAGAGUGGAAGGGUGGAGAAGGGAGAGAGAGAAACAUUGAUGAGACAUCAGUUGGUUGCCUCCCGCACCCACCCCAACAGGGGCAGAGAUUGAACCUGCAACCCAGGUACCUGUCUUUGAUGGUAACAAACUCCAGACCCUCUGGUGCACAGGCUGUCACUAACCACUGAGCAAGCCAGCCAGGGCAGCCUUCUCUCUUUCAACUCACUCUAGUGACCCUUUUGGAGAUUGUUUUUCAGCCCACACCUUCCCCUCCCUGAAGCUUGUCCCCACUGGGCAGAGUGGGUGAAGUAUCACGGACAGGGGUCGUCUCCUGCCUCACGCCUUAGGAUGGUUCUCCUUCCCAGACUCCUUUCCUUCUGAUUUAUUUUAUGGUACAGUAUUUCAUAGCCAUUUGCCCAUAUUCUCAUUCUCUCUCUCUCUCUCUCUCUCUCUCUCUCUCUCUCUCUCUCUCUCUCUCUCUCUCUCUCACACACACACACACACACACACACACACACGUUUCAAAGGAUGAAGAGUUUUUUUGUUUGUUUUAGUGAAAGGAACCCCUGCCCCUACUUCCCUAUCUAAUUGGGUUCGAAUAAAACAUGUCUUGGUGGGACUGGGACAGUGGGCUUCCGUUUUCCCAGGACCAUGGAGCGGACCAGCUGGCAGUUCUCAUGUGCCGGUCCAGAGCCCAAACUGGAAGAAACUGCGGAGGCCGGGCAGACGGGAAGCUGGUGGGCGUCUUGAGGGACCGGGAAGGAAAUAGACGCGGUUAACAUUUGAUAAAGUGGACUCUUGUGAAUACUAACUGCGAGCGCUCAUUCACUGUUGCACUGUACGAAGUCUUUGAAGUGUAAUUAAAAGUUUGUAUUGAGCCCUGA